AUGUCGCCGCCGCGAAUCAUCUUGCGUCCCCCUCCAAGUCGGGACUUUCUUCAGGGGUACCCCGGCAUUCCCGAAUCCGAGACUCGGCCUGCCGCGCAUCUAACAGGUACCAUUGAAAUCCAGCAUGGCAGCAAGCAGCUCUCUGCUGCAUGGCUGCGUGUGGAAAUGUCCAAGGUCGAGACGCUGCCAUCCGGCGAGUCAUGGACCGAACUGAUCGGACAGGGCCCGAUCGAUGUAUGGCAGGCCGCGCCUAGCGGCAACGCUGCCGAUGGUGAAGUAUGGCAAACACUCCCUCAGGUACGCAAAACUUUAUACUCACCGCAGCGCAAAUUUGAGUUCCGCGUGAAUGUUCCUGAAAAGCUACCGCCGUCUUUGCGUCUGGAAAAGAACGGGGGCAUUAGCUACCAGCUGGUCGCUACCAUGUGUGUCCAGAUCAAACGGUACGUUCCGAGCCACCCUAACCACAGCGGUUUCUUCCGCCGCACCCUCGUCAAAAAGGUCUUGCAAGACGUGCGCGCUAUUCAUCUGGAAAAGCACGAGCUGCACUCGACGUGGCCGCUGUACAAUGUGCCCGAGGACGACGAAGCUUUCGCCGGGCCGUUCCGCGCGCGCCUGUACUGGAACAAGCGUGCGUAUGCCGCGCUGGAUCCUGUGGAAGUGCGUAUCAUUGUAUACAGCGAUGCCCCGGAGACGGUUAAGCUAAAGAACAUUAUUAUGUCUGUGCGCCAGACCGUCACGUACCUUCCCGACGGAAAAGGUACGGCGACCACCGGCGACACGGCUCGGCCGUCGCAGCAACGCACCGAGGUUCUUGUAUCCAAGAACCGUGGCAUCCGCAAAAAGAUCCGCAAAGGCGAGUUCCUCAUGUACGAUCUGGCGAUCACGAUCCCCAAAAACCACACGCUCAUGUCCGUCUUGACCGCGAAACACAUUGAGGUUUCGCAUGCACUACGAGUUGCUAUAGAGGUCGGCAAGGAGCGGGUCAUGUUUGAGCACAUUGAGCUCCAAAUUUCUGGCUUCUCUGCCAAUGUGAGCGAGUCGGCCAUGGCGCGGAUCGGACACGUCCCGGCGCUAUGCCUCACGAAUGAGGAGCCAAUGGAUCCGAUGCCAUCGCACGAAACACACCCCGUGUUCAUGGACACCCAGCCAACAAGCCCUGAUUACGCGGCGUAUGCCGGCUACGAUCAAAUGAUGGUCGACGGCGGGAUGGAAAUGCCGUUGCUAGCACAGGAUGCAGCAUUCAUCGGCACUCCGACGCCGCGGGGACCGCUUGUCUUCCACGCGCGUGAUUCGCGGAUCGCAAACGAACGCAAUUCCAUCUACCACGAUACGGAGGCCGCGUCUUUCCGGAACCAGUACAUGAAUGCACCGUCAACGCGGCCCAAGCACAUGAGUUUGCUUCCACCGCAGGGAAUGUACCGGCCUGACGAUGUGAUCACACCGGGCGGGCAGGUCUCGCCACGCCCCCCCAUGUCAGAGUUCUUUGCCAGUCCACAGCGCGAUGGCAACUAUAGCCGAGUGUCGAUGUACGACGACCCUUCCCUGAACUUGGCUGUUCCCGUGAUCAAGACACCGGCCAGGACGUCGUCCAUAGACGCGGUCCAGCCUGCGCGCACCGACACUAACACUGUACCGCCAAUGCGCGAUGCACUGCAAGGUGCGACGGCAAAUCCAGGCGGCGCGCCGCCGUUUCGGUCCGCCGAGGCGGAAAAAAUCCGUCUUUUUGAACGCGCACGCGCCGAGGCGGAGCAGUACCAACAGCAAUACACUCACGGUGCAGUGUUCCCGGGAGAAGAGCGUGGCGACGAGCCACCUGCAGCAAACUCCGCGCCGAGCACCGCGCAGUUUUCCACCGCCGCGGAAGAAAAAGCGGCGCUCUCUGCCCGGGCACAGGCCGAAGCCGCGGCGGCACACUAUGCCGAGCGUGCCGCACAUGCACAGGAAGAAAGCGUUGCAACGCCGCCGCCGCAUGCCCCUUCUGCGGCAUCCACACCGUUCCUCACAAGGUCCGAGGCGCGCGCCAUGGAGGAAAAGGCCAAGUUGCAGAGCCACUAUGCACUGUCCGAGUCCCCGUCGCCGCCUUUUGUGACUGCAGCGUCAAAUAAAACCACGUCCAACUUGCCAAUGCUGGGCGAAACCGCAAAAGCUGAAGGGAGCGCGGCGCCGCCGCCGCGGCCGCCCAAGCUUCCUCUCGCGGAGCCGUAG